CGCCCUACACGGGAGAUAGAAAACUGUCCGUGGGCCGGUGGAGGGAUGAAACAAGUGGAAGGAGAUGUAGCAGACGGGCGCACACUAAUAACCCCUACCACACGCACUACACCUCGUCGGCUCCACUCCUUUCUUCCCCAGUGCGCGGUAGCAUCCAUCCUCCCUCAUUUUGCAUAACAGGACGAGCGAUCGUUUGCGGUGCUGCGUCGGAGCUUCAUGGCCGCGACACUCACGAUGAGCGGCGGCGGGCAGGAGGAUCCCUUCUAUCCGCUGCAGAAGGCGACCCUGCCCGCUGGAUUCCCUCUGGAGGACUCGGCGUUGUUCGGCUUGGAUUGCAAGAUCACGGACAAGGCUGGACAGAACGACUACACUCAGGCAAAGUGUGAGAUGGACAGGUACCUCUCCCCUCAGUCUCUUCCCCCUCCACUUCCUGCAGAAGGUCAGCAGAAGUCACAGCGAGACGGAGCGUCUGUGGUGGAGCACUUCUUCACUGACGAUCACAGCGGGGCUCCCUACACCCUCAACAUGAAUCUUUACCUCCCCGACGCCGCCUACCUGAGGAUGGGCUUGUGUCAGCAGGUGCGGCCCCCUCAGCACCAGAACCACACAGGUCUUAACCAAAUAAAAACAGAAUCUGCCUCCCCGUGUUUCUCCCCCAACCUACAGCUGCACUGCCCCAACACUACGCCCACUAGUAGCUGUGGCACAUCUGGGCACGGCCCUGGCAGUGUUGCCAUGGAAACCGCAGCCAUAAACAUGACGUUAACAGGGUUACCAGAUUUCACCAGUGUUUUCAACCAGUCGGGAGGCAGCCGCGGUGGCGAGUCAUUGCCAGAAGUGUUUGUCAAACAGGAAAUGUCAUCACAGUUUGAGCAGCAUGCUCUCCACCACCAUGACGACGGCGGGUCACUGUUUCAGCUACUAAACUCUGGCUUGGACCAUCACCAUGGCAAUGGUAUGGAGCAGCAUCAUCAUCAUCAUCAUCCUCAUCAUCAGCAGCAGCAGCAGAUACAACACACUUCCACUUCCACAAUCCACGCGCCUUUCCACGAUUUGCCGGUAGCUUCUUCUGCAUCUCAACAAGAGCAGACUGCCAAGCCUGCCUACUGUGGCCUGGGUGGCGGGGCAUACACACAUCCUCACGCUCAGGCGCACCCUCAUUUCCUCCAGCAGCAGGUGCCCUACCUGCCACCCUCUCCACCGAGCUCGGAGCCUGGCAGCCCUGACAGGCAGAAGGAGCUUCUCCACGCCAUGUCCCCUCCUCCCUCAUAUGCAGCCACUAUCGCCUCAAAGUUGGCGGGUAGCACCCCUGGGCUCGGCCCCGGCCCAGGACCAGGCAGCUUGGCCUUGCCCCUCACCACAGGUCCCACGCCAGUCCCAGGCCAAGCCACAGGUCUUCCCCAAGCCCCUGCAGCGACCCCAGCCCCAACCCCAGCUCAGACCACUGUGCCUGCCCGCUACAACCGGAGGAACAACCCGGACUUGGAGAAACGUCGGAUCCACCACUGUAGUUACCCAGGCUGCAAGAAGGUCUACACCAAGUCGUCCCAUCUGAAAGCCCACCUCAGGACUCACACGG